UUCUCUCUCCAAAAGUUUCUCUUUUCCCGUCUCUUGCCUGCCCCGCUGCAGCUCGCACGAGACCGUCAGCGGCUUGCGUCGCCACUUGAUACCCGGAACGAACUAGAUUUCCGCCUAGAGUUUUUUUCCAGCCCGACCCACUUUCUUAAUACCCACCCCUCACACAAAACUCCCCCGUCACCCUCCUCUUCUUUCUUCACCCUCACCAACCGUCGCAAUGGCACCCUCAGUUGAGGCUACGAACAAGCACACCGCCGGACAGGUCAAGUCCGAGAACCAGAAGAGCGUGAAGGUCCUGGAGGAGCUCCUCCAGAAGCUCACCCUCUCGAAGGCCCAGGAUGAGAUCAACGCUGCCUCGUUGGACCUCGCCACCUUCAUCAACGGUGACAUCGAGGAGGGCGAUGCGCCUACUCAAGCCGUUGCCCUGCUGAAGAAGCAGCUGAGCAACAAGAAGGAUGCCGUCGCUCGCGAGAGGGCCGCCGACGCCAUCCGGGCUAUUGCCGAGCACUCGACCGUCUCCCCGGCGGUUGAGCCUUACCUCGUCGCUAUCCUGCCCGCCAUCCUUGCCGCCGUCGGUGACAAGAUGGUUCCGGUCAAGAACGCUGCCCAGUCCGCCGUCGAGGCCAUCGCCAACGCCGUCAACGCGAACGCGGCAAAGGCCAUCCUCCCUCCCGUCAUCGAGUCCCUUCGCAACGCCCAGAAGUGGCCCGAGAAGAUGACCGACCUUAAGGCCAUCGAGACCCUCUGCGCUCGCUCGCCUGCUCAGAUGGGCUACCGUGUCCCUGACCUGAUUCCCGUCGUCUCCGAGUCCAUGUGGGACACCAAGGCUGAGGUCAAGAAGGCUGCUUACGGCACCAUGGAGAAGCUCUGCGAGCUCAUCUCCAACAAGGAUAUCGAGCGCUUCAUUCCUGAGCUGAUCAAGUGUGUUGCCAAGCCCGAGAACGUCCCCGAGACUGUUCACCUGCUCGGUGCCACCACCUUCGUCACGGACGUCCACGAGCCUACCCUGGCCAUCAUGGUUCCUCUGCUUGAGCGUGGUCUCGUCGAGCGCGAGACUGCCAUCAAGCGUAAGUCGGCCGUCAUUAUCGACAACAUGUGCAAGCUUGUCGAGGACCCCAACAUCGUCGCUUCUUUCCUGCCCAAGCUUCUGCCCGCUCUCAACAAGAACAACGAGACCCUCGCCGACCCCGAGGCUCGUGAGAAGACCAAGCAGGCUAUCGACACCCUCUGCCGUGUCGGUAACGUCGUUGACGGCAAGAUCCCCGAGGUGUCCCACGCCUCUGACAUCUCCACCGUCGUUGGCGUCCUGAAGUCCGUCAUCGGCCCCAAGGGCCAGGAGGCCAAGUUCGAGCCCAUCUUCGAGUACAUUGGUGCCAUCGGUGGUCAGCUCAUCGACGAGAAGGAGACGGAGGCCACCAGCUGGGCCACCAACGUCCUUCCCUACGUCACCGCCGUUGUCGGUGAUGCUGACGCCAACACUGUCGUCGAGGAGCUUCGCAAGAAGGCCCUCCCCGGCUUCGCUGAGGAGAACGAGGCUGAGCCCGAUGAGGAGGAGGGCGAGGAUCUUUGCAACUGCACGUUCAACCUGGCUUACGGUGCCAAGAUCCUGCUGAACCAGACUCACCUGCGUCUCAAGCGUGGCCAGCGUUACGGUCUGCUCGGCCCCAACGGUUCCGGUAAAACCACUCUGAUGCGCGCCAUCAACAACGAGCAGGUCGAGGGUUUCCCCAAGCAGAACGAGGUCAAGACCGUCUACGUCGAGCACGACCUUGACUCUGAGGACACUGAGCACACUGUCAUUGGCUGGACCAUGAAGAAGCUCGAGGCUGUCGGUAUCACCAAGGAGCAGAAGGACGUCGAGACCAAGCUCGUUGAGUUCGGUUUCGACCCUGAGCAGCUCGCCGCUCCCGUCGGCUCCCUCUCUGGUGGCUGGAAGAUGAAGCUGGCUCUUGCCCGUGCCGUCUUCGAGGAGCCCGACAUUCUGCUUCUUGACGAGCCCACCAACCACAUGGACGUCAAGAACGUUGCUUGGCUCGAGAACUACCUCGUCUCCUCCCCUUGCACUUCGAUCAUCAUCUCCCACGACUCGAAGUUCUUGGAUAACGUCAUCCAGCACGUCAUCCACUACGAGCGCUUCAAGCUCAAGCGUUACCGUGGUAACCUCUCCGAGUUCGUUAAGCGCGUGCCCUCUGCCCGCUCUUACCACGAACUCGGUGCCUCCGAGAUGGAGUUCAAGUUCCCCGAGCCCGGUUUCCUUGAGGGUGUCAAGACCAAGGCCAAGGCCAUUGUUCGUGUCAACAACAUGACCUUCCAGUACCCCGGUACCUCCAAGCCCCAGAUCUCGGAGAUCAGCUUCCAGUGCUCUCUUGGCUCGCGUAUUGCCGUCAUCGGUCCCAACGGUGCUGGCAAGUCCACGCUUGUCAACGUCCUGACGGGUGAGCUUAUCCCCACCUCCGGUGAUGUCUACCAGCACGAGAACAUCCGUAUCGCCUACAUCAAGCAACACGCUUUCGCCCACAUCGACCACCACCUCGACAAGACUCCCUCUGAGUACAUUCAGUGGCGUUUCCAGACUGGUGAGGAUCGUGAGACCAUGGACCGCGCCAACAAGAUCAUCACCGACGAGGAUGAGAAGGCCAUGGACAGGAUCUACAAGAUCGAGGGUACGCAGCGUCGUGUCAUCGGCAUUCACGCCCGUAGAAAGUUCAAGAACAGCUACGAGUACGAGUGUUCGUUCGCUCUCGGCGAGAACGUCGGCAUGAAGAACGAGCGCUGGGUUCCUAUGAUGACUGCUGACAACGCCUGGAUUCCCCGUAACGAGAUCAUGCAGUCUCACUCCAAGAUGGUUGCCGAGGUUGACCAGAAGGAGGCUCUUGCCUCCGGUCAGUUCCGUCCUCUGGUCCGUAAGGAGAUUGAGGCUCACUGCGCCAACUUCGGUCUUGACGCUGAGCUCGUCUCCCACUCCCGCAUGCGCGGUCUCUCUGGUGGCCAGCGUGUCAAGGUCGUCCUUGCCGCCUGCUCGUGGCAGCGUCCUCACUUGAUCGUCCUUGACGAGCCCACCAACUACCUUGACCGUGACUCGCUGGGUGCUCUGUCCAAGGCCAUCAAGGCCUUCGAGGGUGGUGUCAUCAUCAUCACUCACUCCGCCGAGUUCACCAGGGACCUUACUGAGGAAGUCUGGGCCGUCGUUGACGGUAAGAUGACUCCUUCCGGCCACAACUGGGUCCAGGGCCAGGGUGCUGGUCCCCGUCUCGCCGAGAAGGGUGAGGAGGAGGACAAGUUCGACGCCAUGGGCAACAAGAUCGAGGGUGGCAAGAAGCAGAAGAAGCUCACCUCUGCUGAGCUUCGCAAGAAGAAGAAGGACCGCAUGGCCCGCCGCAAGCGUGGUGAGGAGGUCUUCUCCGACGAGGAGGAUUAGAGUAGUGGGCGAAGUUUGGUUAGGGUUCCAUUCGCCUUUCUUCAGUUGUUUCCAGCGGUUCCGUUCAAAAAGCACAAUGGUUCAUCUAGACGUCGGCUAGCACGUCUCCGCCAAGAAAAGGAAUGUGUUACGUCGGCAGGGUUGGGUUCGGCGUCUUGGUGGAUUUAGUCACGGUUUACGAUUCCACUGCGACAUGCACGGG